AUCUGGCGACCAGUAACUGCAACUUUCUUCUUCCCAGUGGGACCUGGAACAGGAUUUCUGUACUUGGUGAAUUUGUAUUUCUUGUAUCAAUAUUCAUCACGAUUAGAAACAGGGGCUUUUGAUGGAAGGCCAGCAGAUUACAUGUUCAUGCUCCUGUUUAACUGGAUCUGCAUUGUUAUAACUGGUCUGGCAAUGGACAUGCAGUUGCUGAUGAUUCCACUCAUCAUGUCAGUACUUUAUGUGUGGGCCCAGCUGAACAGAGACAUGAUUGUAUCAUUUUGGUUUGGAACAAGAUUUAAGGCCUGUUACCUUCCAUGGGUUAUUCUGGGAUUCAACUACAUCAUUGGUGGAUCAGUCAUCAAUGAGCUCAUAGGAAAUCUGGUUGGACACCUGUAUUUCUUCUUAAUGUUUAAAUAUCCAAUGGAUUUGGGAGGAAGGAAUUUUCUGUCUACACCUCAGUUCCUGUACCGCUGGCUGCCAAACAGGAGAGGAGGAGUGUCAGGAUUUGGUAUCCCACCCGCUAGCAUGAGAAGAGCUGCAGAAGACCAGCAGGGCGCUAGAAGACACAACUGGGGCCAAGGUUUCCGGCUAGGUGACCAGUGAAGAACCCCUUCCCUUGGAAAACAGCAAUUCUUUGGUUUUAAUUGGACGUAGGAUCGACCCUUGCUGGUGCAGAGCAUGCUUAAGAACUGAACUCUCUGUAGUACUGUUGGAUUUAACUGAUUAGAAAGAAUUUUUCUGGUUCAAGAGAAAAUGAAAAACUCCACAAGGGGAUAAUGUAGAUCUUGCUCCAGGUUAGCCAGUAGUGUCCAAUUUGAUUCUGCCAUUAAAAAAAGCCUUCUUUAUACAGUAUUGUCUGUCUGUUGCAAUGGGCAUCACUUAUGCUGCCUUGUUCCGUGAUGUGAUGGAACAAGCUAAUGGUGUUCUGUCUCGCCUGGUACGUCAAAAGCUUUGUUGACCAUGGUAAAGGAAGAAUUCAGUG